AUGGCAUUAUACGAAACGAAACGGGAAACGGAAUUGCAUACAGAUGCAUCAAAAGUAGGAAUUGCGGGCAUUUUGAUGCAACGAAAUGACGAGGGAGCACUAAAACCAGUCGCGUAUUAUAGCCGAAAAACAACUACAGACAAACAAAAAUGGCAUUCAUACGAUUUAGAAACCCUUGCGGUAAUUGAGGCCCUACGCCGUUUCCGCGUUUAUCUCUUAGGCCUAAAAUUCAAGAUAAUUACAGAUUGCAAUGCACUGCGAACCGUGUUAACCAAGCGUGACUUAGUGCCGCGAAUCGCACGAUGGUGGAUUCGGUUGCAAGAAUACGAUUGCGAAAUUGAAUAUAGACCGGGCACACGUAUGGCGCACGUAGAUGCACUGAGUCGCAACCUAGUUAUUGAAUUAAACGCGAAUAUAGACGAAUGCGCGUUAGAUGUAUUACAAAUAGAUGUAACGAAUUGGAUAGCUACUGUUCAGAGUGCAGACGAAGAAAUCGGAAAAAUUAAGGAGAUAUUAGAGCAUAAAGAAGUAGGGCAUAUGAUAGACGUGCAUAAGAAUUAUAAAAUAAAAGGUGGCCACGUAUAUAGACAAGUUAAUGUUGCCACUCCCAGGGCGAACGGCCAUGGCGAAAAAGAUUGUACAUGGGACGAGUAUGUGGGUGGGAUACAGUUAGCUAUAAAUACCACAACGAAUGAGACAACAGGAAAAAGCUCCUCAGAAUUAUUGUUCGGAUGUAAAUUAAUAAAUGCUUCUGAAAAUAUAAUUAGCGAUGUGAUUUAUGCAACAAAACAUCGUGUCAGUAGUGAUGAUCUAGCGAAAAUGAGGACCGAAGCUAACGAAAGAAUACAACGACAACAAAAUAUUGCAGAAAAGAGAUUUAACAAACAAAGAAGGGCACCGACGCCCUAUAAAGUAGGGGACUUAGUGAGAAUCGAAAGAACUCCAACAGAUCAGGCAAUGUUAGGCCAACCAAAAAAACUAGUAGCCAGGUUCCAAGGUCCUUAUCGUAUUACAAAGAUCUUACCAAACGAUAGAUUUUUGGUUGAAGAUACACCGAUAACUCGUAGAGGAAACAAACGAUAUGAAAAUGUAGUAGCAAUCGAUAAAUUACACCCAUGGCUUAAUUUUAAUGAUUCAGCGAGCGAUGAUAGCAACAGCGAAUACAACCAAGAAAAUGGAAAGGAAAGUGAACAGAGUAUGAUUAACCGUUAUUAG